CCACAGCUGAGACACAGCCCUUUAUCUCCUGGCCUUCUACAGAAUCCAAAGUGAUAAACCUGGGCCUGAAAAAUGACCAGCUUGGGACUCCACUUGCUUCAGCAGAAUGCAGGGAAAGAGAAUUAUUUGAGAAUUUAGGUAGGAAAAAGCAUGGCAGAGAGAAAUAAGACCUCGGAGAGGAAAUGAAAAGGAGGAAAAGAGCUGCAUUAUUGCUGUCAGUGAAAACUGAGCAACUGCAGGAAGAGCUAAGGAAGAAAAGAAGGAAGACAAGCCCAAAAUUUGGGCUGAAAAUUUCGGAGGGUCCCCCUCUGCAGCCACACUUUAUUCCAGUUUGUCCCUUGUUACCCAGGUUUGGGACACAGCAGCACUUUUAACUCCUUGGUGCCCGGGAUGGUGCACCCCAGAGCACUGCCCACACGGUGUUGGGACCCACAGCUCUUACUGGAGCCAACUCAACUGCAAUUCCAAAAAUUCCCAUUCCUGCCACGGCAGGAAUUUGCCAUUGUGGUACCUGAAUUUUAAAUCCGAGUGCAGAUGCUGAGUGGAGGCAGUGGCUGUAGCCUCUGGAAUUCUUUUGGGGUUAAAGUUGGCAGUUUCGUGCUUCUCACCCAGGAGCCAUAAAUUAACCUGAGCAGUUUGGCACUGGCAGAUUUGCUCCAGGGGUUUUAACUCUUUGUCCUCCGGGUCCUACACCAGCAUGCUGCAAUGUUAAUACUGGAUAUUGUGCUCCCGUGUCUAUUAAUAUUUUUUAUUAAUUGUUGACAAGAACCAGCAGGAAUGUGAAUGUCCAGGCCAUUAUUCUGGCUGCAUGGAUAAGAUUCCACUUGCUGGAUGUGUGGCUAUUUAGGAAAUUUCCCUGCCUGCCCAUCCAGGAGCCACUGUGGAGUCUCAGCUGAGAUUACCUGAGCUGGGUCCCUGUUUGAUCCCACACCACACUCACAGGUUUCCUCACAGGCUCCAUCCCAGAUCUCCCAUUGCAGAACCUCGCCUGGAUCCUUGCAAUAAUUUAACCUUGAUACAACCACCUCGAGGUUGUGCCUCCAUGCAGGGACCCCGAACAAAGGAAUUCCACCCCCUCUCCGGGCUUUUGUCACCUCACAGCCUAAACCAGAAAAUGUGGGAUGAUCGGCUCCCGCUGUGUCCCUGAGUGUCCCUCACUGCGCCUUUGUCAUGGAAAGCUCGGGCAGUUCCCGGCCCCAGGCUCCGGAUAUUUUCCCUCCUCAGCGCCCGGGAUGCUCUUGCAAAUCAACCUGGCUGGGAUCGAAGGGGAUCGCUUUUCAUGAAACGUUUCCCCAGCUCCGGGAGGAGGUAAGGAAUGACCUUUGCCCGGUUCUCGGGAUCACCCCGAGUUCCCACCCCGCUCUUCAGGGGACACAAGCGGUUUGCUGCCCUGCACUUGCAGCAGCCAAGGCUCCAAGGAGUUAAGGCUGUGCCCCAAACACCGAUAAGGAGCGGGAUGGAACAGGAUGUGGUUGGGGAGGAGGGCACAGCACGUUGGCCAGCGCCCCUCCAACCCCCCCUGGGGACGGGCAGACACGACAAAGCCGGGACAAGGCCAGCGGGGCAGCGAGCAGGGACAUCUGCAGAGCAGCACCGAGAUCACCACGAGCCCUCAAAGCCCCCCGACCCAAUUCCAGAAAGGUCCAGCAUCAGGAUUGCGCACACUCCCUCAUUUGCAUGGCAAGUGGGAAACCUGAUGCCGGGGCGGGGAGAAUUUUCCCAUAAGAAGGUGUCCCCACAGCACCCUCGGGACCCUGCACACCUGCACACCCGGAUCGGCGCUGGAGCCAGGGCUGAUGUUGAUUUGAAGCAGCAGGGACAGACCUGGCUCCUCUCCCUGGGGAGCUCCUGUGGGAAGUUCAGUCCUGUGGCCACCUCAGCUCCUCCUCUCUGCCAAAAACCAUGGGGUUUUCAGAGAAAUGCAGGCCACUUUGGGACUGAGGUGGAUUAAACUCCCUACACGUUGUCCCUGGUGUGUUUUUGGGGUUUCCCCCGCGGCGAUGGGUUACUGCGCGGCCCUGAACUGCCGCAACGGCACCAGCGGGGCCUACAAGAACAGCUCGGUCAGCUUCUACAGCUUCCCCCUCCAAAACAAAGCCCUCCUGAGGCGCUGGAUCCAAAACAUGGGCCGGGACAUGGAGACCCCCUCCAAGUACCAGUGCCUGUGCUCGGAGCACUUCGAGGAGAGCUCCUUCCAGAGGGAGCCGGUGAAAAUCCGCAAGAGACGGCGCCUGCUGAAGGAAGCUGUUCCCAGCAAAUUCAUCCUGGCCCUGGAUGGCACCUGGCUCGUGGGGACACCCCGGGGUGAUGGUGACAUGAUGAGCAGCAAAACCCGAAAACGGAUCCGGAAUUCCGAGCCCUGUAGGGUCCCUACGAUGUUUCCUCGGUGGCCGCGUCUGCAGGAUUGGCAGAAUGAAUUUUAUAAGCAAUUGCUGAAGGAGAAGUUUGGAUCUUUGAUCACACUGGGAAAAGACUGGCCUGUUCCCAAAAGCCAUAUCCCAGAAGGAAGAGCAGCAUGGGUCAAAGAACCACAGGAUUUGGAGGAAAGGAAAAUCUCUGUCAGCCUCAGCACAGGCCAUGGUGGUGCCAUGACCCAGGGAUCAUCCUCAGGAGCAUCCCAAGCCCUGCACAGCCACUGCUCUGACCUGGCAGAAACCUCGGGGAGCCGCCACAAUCUGGCACCAAAUCCGGCAAAUCCCGUGAGAAUCAGGAGCGGUAGCAGAGUCCUGGCAGGGCAGGAGCUGGAUGAGUUCAGGCAGUUCCUGCUGUACCACCAGGGCCAGCCCGAGGACGCGGCGGUGCCGUGGUUCAUCUGCAGCGAGUGCGGCAAGAGCUUUGCCCGCCACGCGUACCUGCUGCGGCACCAGCGCGCCCACGCCGGGCAGCUGGGCAGAAACCCGCCUGCUUCCUGGAGAAACCCGCCUGCUUCCUGGAAAAAAACCGCCUGAUUCUGGAAAAAAACUGCCUGAUUCCUGGAAAAAACCGCCUAAUUCCUGAAAAAAACCCGCCU